AUGGCGCCUAUACUCUAUGCCUUCCUCUGGCUCUCGAUCACCUGGAUAGUAUACAAAGGCAUCAGUCUACUCCAUAUUCGCCGACAACAUGCUAUCAAGUCUCGCAAGUUGGACUGCGAGCCAGCACCACUAUGGCCCGCCACGCAUCUAGGCAUCUCCACGAUCAAACAAAUGAUGGCGGCUCAAAAGGCAGGUCGUUUUCCCGCGUAUCUCCGUGAGCGGGAAGAAGUCUUGUCCGAGUCGCAAAAUAGAUCCGUGCAUACCACGCGCCUAUCCAUUCUAGGGAACGAGGCUCAUUUCACAUCGGACCCCAAGAACAUUCAAGCUUUGCUAGCAACUCAAUUUAAAGACUUCGGACUAGGGUCCGCAAGAAUCGGCAACUUUGGUCCUCUGAUGGGUGAUGGUAUCGUAGNNUUUGCAUCAGAUGGCAAGCGAUGGGAGCACUCUCGGGCACUGCUUCGUCCCCAGUUCGCUCGCGAUAAUAUCAGCGACUUGGAACUCGAGGAGGUGCAUGUACAGAACAUGAUGCAGGCUCUGCCUGUAAACGCCGAUGGUUGGGUCGAAGAGACCAAUGUGCAGCUCUUGUUCUUCCGUCUUACUCUCGAUAGCUCGACUGAGUUUCUGUUCGGCGAGAGCAUCGACACUCAGCUUGCAGCUCUCAGAGGCGGAGAAGCUGGCGCAGCUGCAGCUUGGAGAGACGAGAGAGUGUUCGGCACUGCUAUCGACAGCUCUCAAGGCUACCUUUUCAAAGGCGCACGAUUCGGUAACUUCUACUGGAUGGCUCACGACAAGCACUUCAAGAAGCUCUGCAAAGAUGUUCACAACUUCGCCGACUACUACGUGGAAAAAGCAAUCAAGGCGCAAACUUCUGAGAAGAGGAGACCGUCACUUACAAGGAAGUUUGUGUUCCUCGAAGAGCUCGCUGCUCAGACACAGGAUCCCGUCGAGCUGCGCACUCAAUUGCUCAACAUUUUGAUUGCCGGUCGCGACACUACUGCCUGUCUACUCAGCUGGAUGCUGUUGCUGUUGGCCAAGAACCCAGAUGUCUUUGAGAAGCUCCGCGAAACUGUCAUUCGUGAUUUUGGCAAUUACGAAAAUCCUAGAGACAUCACCUUCGUGUCUUUGAAGGACUGCCAGUAUCUUCAACAUUGCUUGAACGAGGCUCUUCGCGUUUACCCAGUGGUACCUAUGGACGGUCGCCGUGCUUUGACCGACACCACAAUUCCUCGUGGUGGUGGUGCGGAUGGUCUUUCGCCGAUCUUCAUUCCCAAGGGUACUGAUGUCAGUUACUCGGUCUACGUUAUGCACAGACGCAAGGAUAUCUGGGGCGAGGACGCAGAUGAGUUUAAGCCAUCAAGGUGGACCUCAAAACGACCUGGCUGGGAUUAUCUGCCUUUCAACGGAGGUCCUAGAAUCUGUAUUGGCCAGCAGUUUGCAUUGACUGAGGCCAGCUAUGUCAUGGUCAGACUGCUGCAGCGAUUUGACAAGAUCGAGCCUACUGGACCCACUCUCGAUACCGAACCCAAGAUGCGCCUGACACUUACCUGCUGUCCCGCAGAUGGUGUUUGGGUCAAGAUGAGACAAGCGAAGGAUGUUGCUUCACACUAG